AUGUCGUCCACACUCGCAGGCCCAUUGACAGAUCAUUGUUUCACUUCAGUCGCACACAGUGGCACACCAAAGGGUGAAAGCAUUACCAUCGCUGGCGUACCGACAUACCUAUCUGCUCCGCAAGCUUCCGCUGCGUCCGCAGUAGAAACUGUCAUCCUAUACUUCUCAGAUGUCUUUGGGCCAUUCUAUAUCAAUGCUCAACUGGUUCAAGAUUACUACGCUUCCCAGGGUUUCACCGUGGUCGGAAUAGACUACUUUUUUGGUGAUCCUGUUCAUCUGCAUCUCAACAAGCCCGGGUUUGAUCGCUCAACAUGGAGAACAAAGUCUGUCGAACAAGCGAGGGCUAGCGUCCCAAAGUGGGUGGAUGGUGUCAAGGAAAUGUUUGGAACGAAUGUGAAAUACUGUGCUGUCGGUUUCUGUUUCGGCGCGCCCUAUGUCUUUCAGGUUGCAGCUACUGAUAUGCUAUCGUGUGCCGCUGUGGCCCAUCCUACGAGCUUGACCGAGGAGCUUCUGAGAGCCAGCAAAGUGCCCUUGUUGUUCUCUUGCGCAGAAACGGACUCUGCAUUCCCAGCGACGUUCCGACGACAAGUUGAAGACAUCCUUGUGGAGAGGAAGGCAACAUACUAUAUUCAGAUAUUCAGCGGUGUAUCGCACGGCUUUGGAACAAGGGGAGAUCCAGAAGUCGAGACCGAAAGGUGGGCGAAGGAAGAGUGCCAACGUGCGAUGGUAGGAUGGUUCAAACGCUUUACGAGUAGCAAGUGA